AUGCGGCAUCAAGCCUUCCCCCCCCCCCCCGCCUCUUCUCUUCUCCCCGGUCUCGAGCGCUCAAGCAUCACAUUGGACUUUGGGGCCCCAAGACUAGGCUUGCAGUGCUGCCAAGAGAUCCCAUCCAUUCUCAAAGCAUAUCCCAUCAUCUUUGGGCGCGUCUGUGUCACUCGAAAGGAUCCGUCCGCGCACAGGGACCCAGCAACAGAUCUAAAAGGGGGCCCCGGGUCUCUGUGGAUCUUUCGUGGCGAAUAUCAGAGCUUCGAGGCCUCCUACAGUGGAGAUGACUUCUCGGGCUUCAAGAUUUUCAUGGAGGAUCUUCACUAUCGAUUUCUAGAUGUCUCUCUCAUGCACGCACCAAUUGGUACCCUUGGAGACCGAACUAAGCCAAGUCGCACAUCAAAGAUGCGACGCAAACAAAAGACAUCCGGCGUUCCGGCCCGUGAAAUGCCCGGAGACUUUGUUCAUCUCCCUUCAGUGGCCACGCUGUCCCUCUCACCAAUCCUGUCAUCUCAUCGGAUGGCCCCUCUGGUAGAGUCAACUGCAGAGGGAGGCGAGGGUAACGCCCAAGCUCAGAGAAUGAAACAGAAAAACUCAAUUCUCCUCCUGACAAGGUUCAGCUUGACCCCUCUUCUUGCUGGGCAGUGCCUCGCUGCCUCGAUCCCGGAGCAAAGAUCAGAUCUCCUGGCAAUGCAAACAAUCAGAGGGCUGUGGCUAUCCAUUGCAGACGCCACCGUGAUGUUGCAAGCGCUGGUUGGAGGGGAAGCAGAUUUUGUUGGGACGAGGAUUUAG